CCACCGCCCCGCCGCCGCCGCUGCCGCCGCUGCCGCCGCCGCCCUCGGGCUGCGCGACCGCCGCUGCCGCCGCCACCGCCGCCGCUGCCGCCCAGUCUCGGCCAUGGACCUGUUCGGGGACCUGCCGGAGCCCGAGCGCUCGCCGCGCCCGGCUGCCGGCAAAGAAGCUCAGAAGGGACCUCUGCUCUUUGACGACCUCCCUCCGGCCAGCAGUACUGACUCAGGAUCAGGGGGACCUUUGCUUUUUGAUGAUCUCCCACCAGCCAGCAGUGGGGAUUCAGGUUCUCUUGACGCUUCGAUGUCCCAGACGGUAAAGAACGAAGGGAAAGGAGCAAAGAGAAGAGCCCCUGAAGAAGAGAACGGCAGCGAAGAGCUUGUGGAAAAGAAAGUUUGUAAAGCCUCCUCGGUGAUCUUUGGUCUGAAGGGCUACGUGGCUGAGCGGAAGGGCGAGCGGGAGGAGAUGCAGGACGCCCACGUCAUCCUGAACGACAUCACUGAGGAGUGCAGGCCCCCAUCGUCCCUCAUUACCCGGGUUUCAUAUUUUGCUGUUUUUGAUGGACACGGAGGAAUUCGAGCCUCAAAAUUUGCUGCACAGAACUUGCAUCAGAACUUGAUCAGGAAAUUUCCUAAAGGAGAUGUAAUCAGCGUAGAGAAAACCGUGAAGAGAUGCCUUUUGGACACUUUUAAGCAUACUGAUGAAGAGUUCCUUAAACAAGCUUCGAGCCAGAAGCCUGCCUGGAAAGAUGGCUCCACUGCCACGUGUGUCCUGGCCGUGGACAACAUCCUGUACAUCGCCAACCUCGGAGACAGUCGGGCAAUCCUGUGUCGGUUUAAUGAGGAGAGUCAGAAGCACGCGGCCUUAAGCCUCAGCAAGGAGCACAACCCCACCCAGUAUGAGGAGCGGAUGAGAAUACAGAAGGCUGGCGGGAACGUCAGGGACGGACGUGUCUUGGGUGUGCUGGAGGUGUCGCGCUCCAUCGGGGACGGGCAGUACAAGCGCUGUGGGGUCACCUCUGUGCCAGACAUCAGACGCUGCCAGCUGACCCCCAACGACAGGUUCAUUUUGCUGGCCUGUGACGGCCUCUUCAAGGUCUUUACCCCGGAAGAAGCGGUCAACUUCAUCUUGUCCUGCCUGGAGGAUGAGAAGAUCCAGAGCCGAGAAGGGAAGCCCACAGUGGACGCGCGCUAUGAAGCAGCCUGCAACAGGCUGGCCAACAAGGCGGUGCAGCGGGGCUCGGCGGACAACGUCACGGUGAUGGUGGUGCGGAUAGGGCAGUGAGGGCGCGGCGAGGCCAGGGGCGCGGCACGUGCUGACUUCAGAGGUUCAUUGUGUGUGUGUGUGUGUGCACAUUACGUGUGUUUCGUGUACUCCUGUGGGACUCCCAUGGUUGUAAAUAAAGGUUUCUUUUUUUUUUCUA